AGGGUUUACUGCGUGAGCGGCGUAACAGAGGAGAGGCUUAGGCAGCGGCCACCGCUGAUUGGCAGCAAGGGGGUUCACUCCCUAUCUCCUGCUUGAGCAUAACGGGCACAGCCAAUCAAAGAGAGGGCUGACAGAAACGACCCAAUCUUGAAGCCGGGCGGAGGACGGGGGCGGGGACAAAUGGCUCAGGUGGACUUGCCGCUGGAGCAGUCCUGGGGGAGCGUGUUUACUGCUGGCUCUACGGUGCUGGGGGUCCGAUCGCCAGAACACCCCCUUGAGUUUGGGGGAGUCAUGAGCCGUUUCCUGAACGUGUUGCGAAGCUGGCUGGUUAUGGUAUCCAUCAUAGCCAUUGGGAAUACGCUCCAGAGCUUCCGAGACCACACCUUUCUCUAUGAAAAGCUCUACACUGGCAAGCCAAACCUUGUGAAUGGCCUCCAAGCUCGGACCUUUGGAAUCUGGACAUUGCUGUCAUCGGUGAUUCGCUGCCUCUGUGCCAUUGACAUCCACAACAAGACGUAUGCUCUAUCACAUCACACUCUGGACCUUCCUCCUCGCCCUGGGGCACUUCCUCUCCGAGUUGUUUGUAUUUGGAACUGCAGCACCCACGAUUGGCGUCCUGGCCCCCCUGAUGGUGGCAAGUUUCUCGAUCCUGGGUAUGCUAUUCGGGCUCCAGUACCUAGAAGCAGAGCCAGCAUCCAGACAGAAGAAGAGGAACUGAGGCCGCAGGGCCACCUCCAGGAUCCACCUCCUCCACCUCUACUAUCUCGCCCUCCUCUGCUCUUUAAUUUCUUCUUUUGGCUCCAUCCUUAGCCCCUUUAUCCACUUUCAGCCUUUUAAGUUGUUGAGGUUUUGCCUUUUUUUUUUUUUUAACAUUUAAAAACAUUUAAGACAUAACAUGCACACAGAAAAGUAUAUAACAUGUAUGUACAAUUUAAAGAAUCAUUUUAAAGUGAACAUCCUAAUAAGCCACCCAAGUCAAGAAAUGGCCAACCCCUCAAGAGCCCCCACCCCAUGCGUCCUCCCCACCUACAGCCCCCUUCAGGCUCCCUCUUCCCGCUUCUGCUCUUGUUUUGCCUUUUUUUCCCCCCUUUAUUUCCAUUCCUUGAUUUGACUUGGGAUAUGAGAACUGUGAAACUUGAAGCUGCUGCCCAACCUGAGCAGCUGUGACCAAGGGCUGCUUCAAGGGGCUGUCCACACACACUGGGCUCCUCUCUGCUGCUGGACUCUCGACUCUGAACCCUCCGAGGACAGGCAGUUCUUCUGAGAAGGGCUCCCCUCUGUGUGGGCAGGACUGUGGCUCUUCUUUUACCUACAGGUGGGUGAGGGUUGGAAGAGUCUGGGCUGUUUUUAGACCUUCUGGUCAGCUGUAUUUGUGUAACGAAUUUUGUAAUAAAUAGAAAAACCCUCUU